AUGGAGACGCGCGCAGACAUGGUGCGCCUGGGGGCUGCGAAUUCUGGUCAUGCCGCCACUGACCUGUACGACGAGCGACAGCGCCAGACCAAAGCUCUGGCGCUGUGGGAGCGGCAAAAGACGGCGUGGGCACGCAUGCAAGCGCACCUCACCUCCGCCAACACCGCGCCGUCUGCUGCUGCUAACAAUGGACACCGCCACGCGUCAUCGUCCACGGUUUCAUUUUUGCAUACACUCGCAUCUGCUGGGACUGGCGGGGGUGCCACAGCACGUAACUUCACUGGAGCGACCACCGCCGCAAGAGCGAAGCGGGAGGACUUUGGCAUGCUCGCCGUGUCGCAGCCCCAGACGGCCAACAACAGUAUUCACGUAUGGGAGGGGUUGUUGCGUUGCACAGACGCGCGAUCGUCGCGGCGGCUAGUCCCGAUUGGUCGCACGUCGUUUCCGUAUCAGCUGUACAGCGUGGCUCGCGAUCCGACGACGCUGCCGGAGGAUCACAUGAUUUACACGCGCGUCGUGUCUGAAGAGGACGUGGCGGCGGCACAGAAUACGACGGCGGGGUCUCACCGCUCCCUUGACUCGACCAUAAAGCGGGUGGAGCAGCGCGCUGCCGCACAGAGUCGCGUGCGAGCGGCGAUGAUGGAAGCCGCAGCUGAUGCCUCCGGCGAUGCCACCGAGUCGGAAGUGACCUAUGUUGGGCGGCAAGGGGAGGCGGGGGGUGAUGCCGUGUUCUAUUACGAAUCGCAGCUGCGCCGCCUUGCCCCAUAUGUUCAGAAGUGGCUCGGCCACUUUCUGCAACCCCGCACCUUCUUGCACGUAGAGGGGCAUCCCGCACCGUGCGCUUCAGCCGAGGAGCUUGAGGCACAAAAGCAUGAGUGGGCCGACUCACGGACGUCCUCAGCCCCGCCAGUGGCGUACUUUCCGCCUCCGCCGCAGACGCAGAUGUGGGCAUCCAUCCCCACAACAGCGGCACCGAGUUUUAUAGCGAGCACCCUUCAGCCAGCCGGUGCCGCGCGUAAACAGAAGGGCUCGAGUAGCGUGGCCUCCGGCAGCGCGAACUCGUACCGCCACAGCGUCCCCGAAAAUUCAAAAGACCGAAGCAUUAGAGCCGAUGGGGACAACGCCUUUGCGGAGGAGGCCGUCAGCAUGACCGAGUGUCUUCCCUGUGGCAGUGUGUGCACCGCUACCCCAUCUGAGCUGCCGUGCGACACCUCUGUCGGCUCGAUUGACGGUGACGUAUACGAAAAGCGUGCGCGAAGGACGCAGGCGGCACCGACUUCUCCGGACCAUCCACUGCAGUCGGCUAAGCACAGUAUCUCACAAUGCCACCAACACAGUCGCACAGAGGCUGACGCGGCACACGAGGACAACAUGCAGUCUACUGGCCCAUCGAUGGAGAUGUCAACGCGCAGCCUGUUCUUUCAGACGCGCCCACACGAGCUGCUGCAGGGUACCGUGACGCUCUAUAACACCGGCUCGACAACCAUCUACUUUAGCUGGGUACCGGUGGACGCCGUCGAAGAGCAGCUUAGGCAGCUCGACCAAGACUCUGGAACCGCCGGCGCGGCCGAUAACAAGGCGGCUAAAGGCGGAGAAGUGAGGGAGGAAGGCGCGAGCGCAGAGCACCGGCAAAUGCUGAGCGACCGAGAUGGAAACGCCGCCACGAGAAUCACGCACUCCCUCGCCGCUCAUCAGCGCACUGCACGCGACACCUUCUUCUUUUUUUCCUCCCCGAUGGACGGUGUUGUGCUGCCGGGCGAAGAAGGCAUCUUCGCGUUUUCGGUGCGCGCGACUCGUGCCGGCCUCUUUCAACACACGUACGAGUUGCUCACGGUGCCACCAGCGCCGGAGCGCAUCUUUGUGUGCCUGCGCGCGCUUGUCCAGAGCGAUGGCCUAUCGUUUGAGUGGCUUGCCGCGCCGGUGACAGAGGCCAUCGAAGCUAAGGUGACUCUAGAUGCACAGCGUCGACUUCUGCAGGCGAUCAGCACGAAUGUGGACGCCAUCGAGGGUUCUGCCUUGUCGACGCACAUUAAAGCGCUGGAUGGGGCGGUCGAGGCCGCCACAGCAGCCGAGCGGAAGCGCCGACGGGCGCAGGAGGACGCCUGGAACCUCGCGAACCGGUUCACCUUCGAUCACAUCCCCUAUGCAGCUGCCGUGUACGACAAGCUCGAGCAACUGUGCACAGUGGUGCAGGAGACCUGCCGAACGCUGGGCAGCAAACAGAAAACCAAGACGGACGCAACCCCGGAAAAUGUGGCUGUUACCACGGAAGCAGCGUCUCUGGACGCGCAUACGAAGCCGUCCACAUCCCACCCGGCUUUGCUAGCUCCGGCGCCACCACCUCAACAGAGGCCUGCAGCACCGGCCACGGAUAUCGUGGCGACCGCCUCGAACUCGGCACAAUGGGAUGGCUCCCUGCUCCUGCUGGUGAAGCAGAUGAUGGCAGUGCGCGAUGCACCAACGCGGCAGAUAUUCUUCGACGCUUUUCUCGUCCUCCUGCGCGCGGCUCGAGCGUUGCGGCUGUGCAACAGCGGCGGUGGGAGCACCGAGGGUGUGGACCAGGAGACGUUGCCACUGCCGGUACUCCUGGCGAGAGCUGCCACGGCCCUCUGCGACAGCGUGAGGGGCCGUCGUGCCGCGAUGCUGGAAAGGGAGUGUGAGGAUAUGGUCGGGCAGAAGCUGGCCCCCGCGGCGACGCCUUUCAUGCAGGCCUUCGCUGCAGCCAGCGGUACUUCUAUGACGCGAGAGACGGUCGGCGGGACCGCUGGUGGCUCGCAGAGCGUCAAUGGCAGAAAGAGAAAUGUCUCAACCCGAGGCAGGGGUGGAGAGACCGCGGUGGGCGAUGGCGUCGUUCGCGCGGCCGGUGCCGACGGCUCUGCAGUUGGCGUAACCGAAACGACAAAGGCGCAGCGUGUGGUGUUGGGGUCGAUCCCUGCCGAGGAGCUGCUAAGCUUCAGCGCUAUCCAGCCCACCCCGAAAGCCGUGGCGGCACUCGAAACAGCGGAGAGGGUGGCGGUGCGCGCUCGGCGAGAGUCGGAGCUGGCGACAGAGCGGAGUGCAUGGAUUGAGCUGUAUACGGCGGCGUUUCUCGAAGUGAUCGACGCGGCGUGCGACCGGGGCCCACUCUCGGCGUGCACUGCGGCGCGCCUGGCCGAGCUAGAGGACAUCCAAAUGAGCGCGUUGCUGCCCAUAGACCUGAGCGCCGAUCCGAUCAUUCCGCUCACAACGGGCAAGGGAGGAAAACGCAAGUAG